AUGAAUGCUCCGAUCAUAGAUCCAUUGCAAGGAGAUUUUCCGGAGGUGAUUGAAGAAUAUUUGGAGCAUGGGGUCAUUAAAUGUGUUGCCUUUAAUCACCGUGGCUCUCUUCUCGCAGUACACGCAUUGAUGGGCAUUGCGAAGGAGAUUCGUGAUAAUGAUUGUUCUGCUGCUAUUACAAGUGUUUCCUGGUCGAAAUAUGGGCAUCGCUUGCUUGUUUCUGCUGCAGACAAGUCAUUAACUCUUUGGGAGGUCUCGAGCGGAGAGAGGAUUGCUCGGACCAUUCUUCAGCAGACUCCGUUGCAAGCGCGCCUAAACCCUGGUUUAAGUUCACCUUCUCUUUGUCUGGCGUGCCCACUCUCCUCUGCUCCGAUGAUUGUCGACUUUGAUAUUGGUUGUACAACUUUGCUUCCGGUCGCUGUCCCUGAGAUGCCAGAUGUGUUAGCUCCUCCACAACGCAGUAAAUGUCCUGAAUCAGGUCCACCUUUCUCUCCAGCUGCAGCGUGCUUUAACAAGUGUGGGGAUCUUGUUUAUAUAGGAAAUUCCAAAGGAGAAAUACUUAUAAUAGAUUAUAAAAGCGUUCGAGUUCUUGCUUUGGUUCCUGUGACUGGCGGGGCACCAGUGAAAAACAUAGUGUUUAGCAGGAAUGGGCAAUAUCUUCUCACGAAUUCACAUGAUCGCAUCAUAAGGAUAUAUGAAAAUCUUCUCCCAGCAAAAAAUGUUCUUACAUCCCUUGAGGAAUUGGGCAAGAACAUAGAUGGGCUUGAUGGUUUUGAGAAACUGAAGACGGUUGGAUCCAAAAGCUUAACACUCUUCAGGGAACUCCAGGAUUCUGUUACAAAAAUGCAUUGGAAGGCGCCUUGUUUCAGUGGUGAUGGUGAGUGGGUGGUUGGAGGCUCUGCAUGCAAAGGAGAACAUAAGAUCUACAUAUGGGAUCGAGCAGGGCAUCUUGUGAAAAUAUUAGAAGGUCCCAAAGAAGCUUUGAUUGAUCUAGCUUGGCAUCCUGUUCAUCCCAUUAUCGUUUCUGUUUCAUUGGCUGGUUUAGUAUACAUUUGGGCAAAAGAUUACACUGAGAAUUGGAGCGCAUUUGCUCCUGAUUUCAAGGAGCUUGAGGAGAAUGAAGAGUAUGUGGAAAGGGAAGAUGAAUUUGAUCUGAUACCUGAAACAGAAAAGGCGAAAGUAUUAGAUGUUAAUGAAGAUGAAGAAGUUGACAUAGAGGCAGUAGAAAAGGAUGCUUUCAGUGAUUCAGAUAUGUCAGUGGAGGAACUCCGCUAUCUACCAGCUGAACCGAUCCCAGAUACAAAUGACCAGCAAGACAAGUUUGUUGAAGGCAUAAAGUUAAAUGAAGCUCAUAUAUCUGCGUCUCCUGCUUCUGAAGAGGCUGGUCAGAAUGGACAUGGGGCAUACCAUGCAUCAAGUCCACAAGGAGAAGACAUGGGUGAAACAAGAGGAAAAAGAAAAAGGAAACCAUCAGAGAAAGCCAUGGAGUUGCAGGCAGAGAUGGCAAAACCGUUAAAAGGGUCAGGUAGAACAGUAAGAGCGAAAAGAGCGAUUGUCGACGAUAACAGCAAUGCUGUGCUCUUCUCUACCAUGACACAGCUAUGUGCUGAUUCAAGCCAAUAG